AUGUCACUUCUCCAAGCACAUCUGGAGCAAAUCUCCAUAUCAUGCCAGGGCAUUGAUAGUCUCCCCUUCCCACCGCCCAAAAUCUUCACCAACGCCCUGCUUUCCAGACCGGACAUCACCUCGCUGAUCCGGGACACCGAAGCGCACGAACGCGCCCUCUUCUCCGUCCCGCCGCCUCCCCCGCCCGCCACGAGCCAGAACCCAGACCCACCCAAACCGUCCUCGCGGCGACAGACAGUCUUCAACGUGUCCGCGGGCGAAGUAACAACGGGCCCGCCGCCCAACUCUACCCUGCGCAGCGGAACCGCCGCCCGCCGUAACACGGCCGUGGCUGCCGUGCUGGGCGGGGACCUGCACGCGCAAAUCGUCCGCCGGGGUGGUGGUGGUGGAGGCGACGUCGACAUUGAGGUGCUGCUACACGGCGCCGAGAAGCUGUGCGCCGUGUACCCGCUGCCCGGCGCGCCCCAGCGCAUCGCCGCGCAGAGGCAGAAAUAUGCGCAGCAGAGCAAUACCCUAGCGUACUACGAGGCGAGAGUGGCAGAGCAGCAGGAGCAGUUGGAGAGAAUGAAUGCGGAGAGGCACUUUGAGGAGGAAGAUGAGCAGGAAGCUGAGGACGGAGAAGGGGAU